CCCGGUUAUAAGCCCAUCUACUUGUAAACAAAACAUUACUUUCAUGAUAAGGCCAGCCCCAGAUUUAAGCCCCCCUCCCCCCUCUAGUUUAAAAUGAAGUGAAUUCGAUUUAUGAUUAUUUUUUGAAAUUUAAUUGAAAAUCAGUAUACGAGAAACUUAUUCCGAUCAACACUGCUGUAGUUCAUUUUGAAACGGUUUUUUGUUCUUCUUGUAAGCUUCCUCGGAUAUAAGCCCCUCAUUUUAUAAGCCCGUUCAAACCCCCGUACGAAGUUGUAUAAGCCCAGGGCUUAUAAGAGGAACAAUCCUGGCCAAAAGUUCUUGGGGCACUUAGCUUAAACUAUGGGCCAAAACAUAAUUGUCUUUCUACUCUUGCUGGGAAAAGACUUUUAAGAGUUUUAUUUAGUUAUUACCACCUCCCACCUCCCACCCUCCCCCAAACGUUGUUGACUUGGGGACAGAAUUCUUGCUAUAUGGACAACAUUAUCCGGGGGGGAAGGGGGUAUAUGCAAUUCUUUCUUAGAUGAGCUGUGCGACCAUUAGAAAGUAAGUAGUGUCCCAAGACUUUUGGCUAGGAUUGUAGUUCACUUUUCUAUCACCAUCAGUUCCCAGUCAGCCGCCACCAAACACUGUCGUUAAAUCCACGAGUACGAGCACAAUUGACGUCACGUGGGAGCCAAUCAGCCAAGCUUAUGUCCAUGGAAUCCUUGUGGGAUACGAAGUUAGAUACGCAAAGGAUGACGGGUCAUCGCCACCGACUUGGGAAACAGUGACACUUGAUGUAGGCACACAUAAAGUAGUUUUAGGUGAUCUGGAAUAUUUUACGCGUUACACGGUGGUGGUGUGUGCCAGAACAUCCAAGGGUUGUGGAAAGGAAUAUUCUGACAUUGCUUACACGUUUGGCGAUGGUGAGUACAAUGUUAGGUAAAAUAAAGUACAAAGUGCUACUUUCAAACUUGUGAGUUUCAUGAAAUGGUUUUAUUUAGUAACAAGUAUAACAUCAAGUUAUCUUAGCCUUGGCCUACCGUAGCGACAACCAUAAGCAAAUUUAUGAAGCUAUCCUUUCAAGAUAUUAUUCCUCAUCCCCCAGAAAUGAACCCCGAUAAAAAAAAGCCUACCAAUCUGAGAUGCAAUUUCCAUCCGUUAAUAAACCCCUGUAUACAGGCGCUCGGGCUUACAAAUUGAUUCCAUAAACUCAUAAUAACUUCUUCAAUUACAACCCCAUUAUAAAACGCCUUUCUAAUAAUAAGCCGAUAUUUCUGAUAUUUUUGUUUACCUUGAUUCUGUUUUUUUCGUCUUAGAACCGAGUAUGCCUCCUCAAAGUGUGACGGUCCAUAAUCUCACAUCUGCAGUGGCUAUAAACGUUACCUGGACUCCAGUCCCUGUCGGUCACGUCAACGGCCUUCUAAUGGGUUAUUCCAUAAAAUAUCGAAAAAUUCGAACAGCUGAGAGGGACGUGUUUGAUACUGAGGAGUAUACAGCCACUAUAGGAUCCAGCGAACUGUCGGUGGAACUUGAAGCUGACACAUACUCGGUUUACGAGAUUCGAAUAGCGGCUUUUACCCAGAGGGGCAUUGGACCUUACAGUGAGUUCGUCUAUGGUGAAACCUGCCGUUGCCCAGAAAUCCUUUACACGAACUAUUGGUCCAAUUAUCCAUAUCUCAGAAUGAACGACAAGGACAAAAAGCUUGAGGGAGUUCUCAGCAGUAUUGUCACAGACAUGGUGCGUACAGCUUGUGGAUACUGUCCCGCACACGGUGACACCUUCAUCGACAUGACUGCAAAUGGCAAGGGAGAGUCUUCUGCCAAGAAAAGCGUCUUAGACGUGCUGAAAGAUAUUGAUGACGUCCCACAGAUUAGUUUUCCAAUCUACGGCAACAAAUUCAUAGAACGAUACAUGGCAGAAUAUGCUUAUAUCAACCUUGUGGAGUCCCCUGGGGUGGCCUUCAUUGCUGCUAAGAGGUUCCCUGGUAAAGCUGCUGACAACAUGAUUAGCGCGCUAACUGACUGUGUUCCAGUGUUAGUAAUGUCAACGAUCAUGGCUUACAUAUCUGGGUUUAUUAUUUGGGUUUUGGACAUGAAGUGUAACCCUAAUGAAUUUCCAACCAGCUUUACGAAAGGUGCUGGUGAAGGAUUCUGGUGGUCCUUCGUCUCCAUGACAACUGUCGGGUAUGGAGACCGAUCGCCCCGCUCUAUUCCCGCCCGUAUUUUUGCUAUCAUCUGGACACUUACUGGUCUUGUUAUCAUCGGUAUUCUGGUUGGUGGAGUUGCCUCGUCUCUUACAUCUGUAAAUGUCGACCAUUCCAUAAUUCUCUAUGGUGCAAAGGUGUGUUUGAGAUAAUUAUACCCAUGCAAGUCCGCAACUCAGGCUAGCCUUAGAAGUGUCAGAAAAAAUCAUUAUUAUACUUUCAAUCUUGCUGAAGGCCUCAAAACAAAUUCCUGGGAGAUAUUCUAUACUUGUAGCUGGAAGAAAUGUUUUCGAAUAUUAAAGUAGAAAUGUACCAAUGUACCAAUACCGUGACAACAAUUGAUGUGCAAUCGGCCAUUACUUAACUGUAAAGAAUCAAGUCUUUGCUUACACGGCGUAAAGUGAAUUAAUAUAUUUGAAGCAUCUGAUUGAGAAAAUCGUCUGAGUAUAGUAGUAUUCAGCCCUAAGACGAAUAUAUUUGUAACAAUCUUGUGCUCGGAAAGAUAACUAUCCGACGGCUUUUGAAGGAAGGAUAACAGUAUGUGACUGACUCUUCACUAUCAAAUUUAGGUAGGCACCAUCCAG